CGCCAACUGGAUGCUUCACAUUUAUACAUCCGGUGAAAUAUCUGGCUCAUUGUUUUAUCUGUGUCGUCACAUUCGUGAAACUAGAUAGCUAUAAACAAAGAUGGUGGAUUGUUAAAAAUAAUAAUACUACCUGAGAGAUAAGUAACAUCUUUCAUUUGUGGUACUACUCGCACAGCAAACAAAAUGUCAAAAUUGGAAUUGUUGAAUAUAUUUCUUACGAAGAGAUUAACCGCGGCUGCCGAGGAGAUAUUUGGAGCUGUGAAGGGUACGAUAGUUGAGUACCAGACAGAAAUCGUUCGCUCCAAGGAGGAGAACAAUCGUCUCCGAAAGCUGCUGGAUAUCGCUGUUCAGCGCGUUCUACUUCAAACAGACCACCAUGCUAUCCAUCUCACUGAAGAUGCAUCUUCCCCUGAGCAGCAGCACUGUGAGCAGGAGUGGAGCCCCGGUCUGGGCCAGGACCCAGAGCCCACACUGAUUAAAGAGGAACAGGAGCUCAGAAUCAGCCAGGAGGAAGACCAGCGUCACGGUCUGGAGUCUGAUACCAAAGGAGAGUCUACAUUAACUCCUCCCUUUGUUAAAAGUAACUGUGAUCAGGACCCAGCUCAGCCUUCACAUCUUCCACAUACCCAAACUGUGGACAUCAGAGAAGGAGACUUUUUAGCCAGAACCAUAUCUUCUAAGCAGAUCAAAAUAGAAAAUGAAGAAGGCUACAGCACAUCAGAACCAACCAGUGACUUACAGACCAUCUUCAAUGUAAAUUCAGACUGUCUUGCAGCUUCGAGUGAAAACGAUGCCCAACCCAAUAUCAACAAUAGAAUUCAGAGAGAAGGACUCUCAGGAUAUAAGGCCCCACAGGGAACAAGCAGUGCAUAUGAAAGAGAAAGUAUAGGUCUACACAUAGAUGUUAGAGGCCAGAACACCUCAAAGCUGCCUCCACAGAGAUCUCCCUAUCAGCCCCAGGGCAUACAGAGAGUGUAUCGUUGCAGAGAGUGUGGGAAAUGCUUCAGUUUCUCCUGUCAGUUAGAGGUCCACAUGCGAUGGCACACCAAGGAAAGACCAUUCAGCUGCUCUGUGUGCAGAAAAGGCUUCACAACCAUCAGCAUGUUGAGGAGGCACCACCGCAUUCACACUGGAGAGAAGCCCUUCCGCUGUCACAUCUGUGGGAAAUGUUUCAACCAGUCGGCUCACCUCAACACUCACUUUAAAAUUCACCCAGGGGAGAGACCACAUGGCUGGAAAAUGGCUCGGUCAAAACGUUAACAGCAGAGACAUUUACGCUCUCUCUUGAAAUUAAGUUCUGAGCACAGAAGCAGAGUGACAUGUAAAUCUGGGCAGUUGAAUUAUUGUCCAGGAUUUAAAACACUAGAAGAAUCAGUGAUUGAUGUUUGAACAAUGCAUUACAAUACAGUGGGGAAUGGGAAUAACUUUGAGUAAUGAAAAUGUGUGAUUGUGUUGCUGCAUGCGUCAUCAUCUGAAGCCAUGUUCAGUGCCAGCAUGAGGAUAUGAAUACUGCUAGUAGCUAUAUAUAUGUUGACUGAUGUUGUUCUUUUGUAAUUACACUACACAUUUUACAGGAAGCAGAGGAUAUCACCUGUUUUAGUAGAUGCAGAUCAAUCAAUUAAUUUGAUCCUCAUCUAUUUCCCCUUAGGACUUGGACAUGACUGCUGGGCUGUAUGACUAUCCUAUUAGGGCCUUGACAGUUAUCCCUGAUGAAAUUACUGUGUCAAAAUGUAGUGUUCUGUAAUGAAUGUUAACUGUUUUGUAAUAAAUAAUUGGUCAAAUGUG